AUGGACCAGAACUCCGAAAGAAACGGAGAUGGGUCAUUGGAUUGCGAUGACGGUAUCGGAGCAUUCUUCUACAAUCACGACAACACCAAUAUCGACAGCGACGGCAGUAUCAACAACAAAACGAUUAUGAACAGCAACAUCAACAGUAACAACGACAUCGACAACAGCAACAUCAUCAACAGCAACAACAACACCAACAUGACCAACGACAGCAGCAUCAACAGAACUAUCGAUGCCAACAUCAACAACUUCAUCAGCAACAACAGUGACCCCAACGACGACAUUGACGACAUGGACGACAACACCAUCAACGACAUAAACAACAACAACAUCGACAAUAGCAACUUUAUUAAUGCCAACAACGACGAUGAUAUAGACGACAGCAACAUAAACAAUAACCGCAGUACCAACAACAACAUCAACAGAAUAAGCCAUAUCAACAGCAACACCGACGGCAUCGACGACAGCAACAGUAACGCCAACAGCGACAUCGACGACUUAGACGACAGCAACAUAAGCCAUAUCAACUACAGCAACAUCAACACCAGUAGAAAUACCAACAACAUCAACAGCAUCAGCAACAUCGUCAGCAACAUUAUCAACAACAUCAACAGGAAUAACAUUAACACUAACAGGGACAUCGGUGGGAUGAACAUCAACAGUGACGCCGAAAAUUUGAGAUCAUUUUUUCCAAUUUUAUUGGAUGAAAGAGGUGUCUGA